GUAAGUACUUGGAACAGUUAGCAUCUUUAGUAUCCGGUUCAAUCCGAUUCCGCGCUCCCAACAGUUGGAGAAGAUGGCGUUUUUCUCUGCCGUGCCUUUUCGUGUCGCCUGUGCGGCUGCUGCAGUCGCGCAGAGACGACGACCCGAGGUAGAUGAUGCAUUUGAAGAGUUGACGGAAGAAGAGUUCCAGCAGUAUUUUCGUCUGUCCAAACGAACAGUGCGUAGCUUGUGCGACGAGCUUCACCCUAUCAUUGGAUGCCAGCGAGCCAGUGGCCUUUCCACAGAAAGGAAAGUGUUGUGCGCGCUGCGAUUCUUCGGCACCGGAAGCUUCCAGAGGAGCGUUGGUCGCGAGGAACACGUAGGCAUGGCACAGUCGGCCGUGAGCAGCACCAUUCACGAGGUGACGGAGGCCAUCAUUUCCGUGUCUGCCCGGCGAAAGUUGGGACUCAGCCCGGCUGACACGGCGAGCUUCAUGUCGAGGAAGGGUUAUUACGCCCUAAACGUCAUGGUCGUGUGCAACGCGGAACUUCGCAUUCUUGUUGUGGAGCCCCGGUUCCCUGGUUCGUGCCAUGACUCUUGGGUGUGGCAGCAUAACCCACUGCGUGCAUGCCUAGCCACGCAACUGCAGCCUGGCGAGUAUCUGCUUGGUUAG